CCGCUAGAGCUCCCUACGACGCCUCUUGGUUUGGUAGCCUCUUACAGCAAGCGGUAGGAAAGGGUGGUUUUCAUCGCACCCAAGUGGCAGCUGACUGCCCGGCUCAUACCUGGACAUUAACCAAAACACGGGGCAGCUUGAUCUGAAUUUUGUGUGGUUCAGGCUAAAGGCCUCCCCUGUGGAACCAUGACCUUGUCUGCUAUCUCCUGAGUCUGACAAGACCGCGAGGCGUAGUUCAUUCGACCACAUUAGAUCUACCUAAAAAUCACCAAUAUUAUCUCCUUAGAAAAUGUAUUGGGUUAACUCAAGUCUUCAUAUGCUAAAUGCUGCAGCUAUAGACAUGUUGUCUGUCAUAACGACUUAUGUAAAGGCCGACUGUUUGCACCACAUGAUAAUUAUCGACAGCCACAGUGAUGCACGGUUCAAUGAAUCAUGUAGCCCAGCUGAAAUGAAAAAGGACACAUUAACCAUUUCCCUUACUCGUGAAUGGAGCAGAUGCCAGACUCAACAAAUGGUUCACAGUAGGAGACCUUACACCCUGAGCGACCAUAUGGGAACAAGCGGUGUUGGGAUGAACCCUAGUUCGGACACAAAUCUACGCCGAGAUAACUGACAAGGUUGAAUGAUUUGAGUUAAAUUAGCGUCAGCAGUGGUUCCCACUUAACGACACGUCAGGAAAUAAUAAACUGAAAAUCCGUUGUCCCGCAGUUACAAAUUAUAUACAUUAAUGUUAUAUGCUGUGGCUAAUGGUUAUGAUUCCGACUGAUCCAUUUGAGAGAAAGUGUGAUAUUGAACUGUGUGUUUGAUUGGCGUUAGGCCCCGCUGCCUUUGGGCGGGAGGGGGAGCCUGUAGGUGGGGCAGUAGGAUGUGGCGCUCGGUCAGACGGUGCAUCAGAGCAGCGCAGAGUUGAGGACCGCUUCAGAGUAAACCAGAGUCUAGCUACCUCUUCAUUGUGAGCAACCAUGAAAGUUAACUGCCUCCUUCUCCUCGCCAUACCUGUGCUUGUAGUUGCUCAGUUUGCCCAAGCUCAAGACUACUUUCCACUCGAGGACUAUAACUAUGGGGACAACCCAGACUUGGAUGCCUCUCCUCAGCAACAGAUCCUCCUGGAGCCUGCCGUUGUGCCUGGACAAUCUGGGGCGGAUUUCACAACUGAGCCAACCGAACCAGGCCCUCUUGAUUGCCGUGAGGAGCAGUACCCAUGCACCAGGCUCUACUCCGUCCACCAGCCCUGCAAGCAAUGCCUCAACAGCCUCUGCUUCUACAGUCUGCGCAGAGUGUAUGUGAUAAACAAGGAGAUUUGUGUGAGGACUGUCUGCGCUCAUGAGGAGCUGCUUAAAGCUGACCUGUGCCGGGACCAGUUCUCGCGGUGCGGCGUGGCGGCGCUGGGUGGCCACUGUGGCUCUAUGGGGGGCAGCUGUGGCAAGAGCUGUGGAGGCUGUUGAACACGUCUGCACCGAGAGAUCAGCCCUAAUACUGCCAAAUCACCUGGACCUCCAGUAUCCAUGGUUACCAUCCUUUUACUCCAGGGUUUGACUUUAGUAUUACUACUUCUCGAACCCCCUCCCCAUCCACUACACACUUAAGUAAAUAUGCAAACACAUAUAUUGUAUGUACGUGUGUAAAAUGGACUUCCAUAAUAUACAUGUACGAACAAAUCUACAUUUAUAUAUACACACCCAUGUAUUUACCUUUGUACUCAAAUGCUGAUGACUGUAACUUCUCACUGGUGCUAUGAAUAUUAAUACUACACUGGUGCUAGGGAAGGCAGCAUAGAGGUCCUUGCCAUGCACAGAACCAGCUAAAGGAUGUCAGAAUUUCUGUUUGUGUGUUUGUGUGUGUUUUUUUUUUGCCUUUAUUGUAUCAUGUUUUACUUUGUACUGUAUUUGUGAUGGCAAGCAGAGUGCCAGUAAUGAUCAUCCAGUCUGAUGGCCACUGUGACCUCACAGACCUCAGCCAAUGAGGCGUCAGAAAGCAUUCUUACCAAUUAUUGAUCAUCAGCCAUCGAUCAGCAUUUUCUGUUUCUGUUGUGUCCCAACCUUCAACCAUCAGACUUUAAGUGUUAGCCGAUCAGAGAAGAAGACGUAGUUGUGCUUGGUGAAUGCAGCCGAUAUGCUGUUCCUGUACUACUGUACUGCUUCAUAAAAACAUAAAUGUGUUCUUGUUUUUUUUCCACAA